GCAGACUGGAACUGAGCUCUGGAAACACCAAGUGGAGCUUGGAGUAUGUGGCCUGAGGAUUGCCUUACAAAGCCAGAGGUGGUAGCUAAGAAGUGAGCAGGAUGCCCCCAGGCAUUUACUGCCCUACGGAAUUCUGGUCCAAGGGGGAAAACCAAAACAUCCAGGUGGAUUUUCUGCUGCCCACAGGCAUAUACUUAAACCUCUCUGUGUCCUGCAAUGCCAGCUUGGGCACCAUCAAGCAGGUGCUGUGGAAGCAUGCCCAGUAUGAGCCGCUCUACCACAUGCUCAGUGAUCCCGAGGCCUAUGUCUUCACGUGCAUCAACCAGACAGCAGAACAGCAGGAGCUGGUGGAUGAACAACGGCGGCUUUGUGACAUCCAGCCCUUCCUACCAGUACUGCGGCUCGUGGCUCGAGAAGGCGACAGGGUCAAGAAGGUUAUUAACUCCCAGAUCAGCCUGCUCAUUGGAAAAGGUUUGCAUGAGUUUGACUCUGUGCAGGAUCCAGAGGUGAAUGAUUUCCGCACCAAAAUGUGCCAGUUCUGUGAGGAGAGAGCAGCAAAGCGGCAGCAGCUCAGCUGGAUGGCUUGGAUGGAGUACAACUUUCCCUUGCAGCUGGAGCCCGCAGCCAAGGGCCUUGGGACUGGUGCUCUACAUACCCACAACAAGAACAUUUUUGUCAACGUCAAGUUUCAGUCUGGCGGGGAGAGCUUCACUUUCCAGAUCUCCCCAGCCGAGUUCCCCAUCACGUUAAUGAGCUAUGCUAUCAAGAAGCAGGCUACUGUCUUCCGCCAUGAGACAGUGGAGAACCCAGGGGACUACACCCUGCAGGUGAAUGGGAAAUGUGAAUAUCUGUAUGGAAACUACCCACUGUACCAGUUCCAGUACAUUCGGAGCUGCCUGCACAAAGGCCUAACACCCCACCUGACCAUGGUACACUCCUCCACUAUCAUUGCUAUGAGAGAUGAGCAAACCAACUGUAUUGCCAGCCCCCUGAAGAUGCCUGCCAAGCCUCCCCCACUCCCUAAGAAAAAGCCAAACUAUGGUUCUCUCUGGUCCUUAGAACAGUCUUUCUCCAUUGAGCUGGUGCAAGGCAGCAAGGUCAAUGCAGAUGAGAGAAUGAAGCUGGUGGUGCAAGCAGGUCUGUUCCAUGGCAAUGAGAUGCUGUGCAAGACAGUGUCAAGUUCUGAAGUGAAUGUGUGCUCUGAGCCAGUGUGGAAGCAGAGGCUGGAUUUUGACAUUAACAUCUGUGAUCUUCCCCGUAUGGCACGGCUCUGCUUUGCCCUCUAUGCUGUCAUUGAGAAGGCAAAGAAGGCACGUUCCACCAAGAAGAAGUCCAAGAAAGCUGACUGCCCGAUUGCCUGGGUGAAUGUCAUGCUCUUUGACUAUAAGGACCAGCUGAAAACAGGGGAGUGCUGCUUGCACAUGUGGUCCUCCUUUCCAGAUGAGAAGGGGGAACUUCUGAAUCCCAUGGGCACGGUACAAUGCAACCCCAACACAGAGAGCGCAGCAGCCUUGGUCAUCUGCUUCCCCAGCGUUGCGUCGCAUCCUGUGUAUUACCCGUCCUUUGAGCAGCUGCUGGAGUUGGGGAGGAAUGGAGAACAACCCCGUGCUGCACCAGAAGAUCCUGAAGAGAAGUUACAGCUGAAGGAGAUACUGGAGCGGAGGAGCCACACUGAGCUAUAUGAGCAUGAGAAAGACCUGGUGUGGAAGAUGAGAUAUGAUAUCCGUGACCAGUACCCACAAGCUUUGGCAAAGCUGCUUAUCAUCACCAAAUGGAACAAGCAUGAAGAUGUUGCCCAGAUGAUUUCCCUGCUUCAGACCUGGCCAGAGUUGCCUGUCCUGAAUGCCUUGGAGCUGUUGGAUUUUAGCUUUCCUGACCGUUAUGUUGGUUCCUUUGCUAUCAACUCAUUAAAGAAGCUGACAGAUCAUGAAUUGUUCCAGUAUCUGCUACAGCUUGUUCAGGUGCUUAAGUAUGAAUCCUACUUAGACUGUGAAUUAACCAAGUUCCUGCUGGACAGGGCGUUAUCCAACCGUAAGAUUGGUCACUUCCUCUUCUGGCAUCUGAGGUCAGAAAUGCACGUUCCUGCAGUUGCGUUGAGGUUUGGCCUGAUCCUGGAAGCAUACUGCAGAGGCAGCACCCAUCAUAUGAAAGUUUUGAUGAAACAGGGAGAAGCACUCAACAAGAUGAAAGCUCUGAAUGACUUUGUUAAAGUCAGUUCUCAGAAGGCCACCAAGCCUCAAACCAAGGAGAUGAUGCAUAUGUGCAUGAAGCAGGAAACUUACCUUGAAGCACUUUCCCACCUCCAGUCCCCCCUGAACCCCAACAUUAUCCUCGCUGAAGUUUGUGUGGAUCAGUGCACCUUUAUGGACUCCAAAAUGAAACCUCUAUGGAUUGUGUUUAAUAAUGAAGAGACGGGUGGUGGUGGAGUGGGUAUUAUUUUUAAAAAUGGAGAUGAUCUUCGUCAGGACAUGCUGACUCUGCAGAUGAUCCAGUUGAUGGACAUCCUCUGGAAGCAGGAGGGCCUGGACCUGAGGAUGACCCCUUAUGGCUGCCUCUCCACAGGAGACAAGACGGGCCUGAUAGAAGUAGUCAUGCAUUCAGACACCAUUGCCAACAUCCAGCUGAACAAGAGCAACAUGGUGGCCACUGCAGCCUUCAACAAGGAUGCGCUGCUGAACUGGCUCAAAUCCAAGAACCCCGGUGAUGCAUUAGAACAAGCCAUAGAGGAGUUCACUCUCUCCUGCGCUGGGUACUGCGUGGCAACAUAUGUGCUGGGGAUAGGUGACAGGCACAGUGACAACAUCAUGAUCCGGGAAACUGGACAGCUGUUCCAUAUUGAUUUUGGUCACUUUUUGGGGAACUUCAAGACUAAAUUUGGUAUUAAUAGAGAACGAGUUCCUUUCAUCUUAACCUACGACUUUGUGCACGUCAUCCAGCAAGGAAAAACUAACAACAAUGAGAAGUUUGAAAGAUUCAGGGGUUAUUGUGAAAAAGCCUAUAUGAUUUUGAGGCGCCAUGGUCUUCUCUUCCUGCACUUGUUUGCACUGAUGAAAGCUGCUGGCCUGCCAGAACUCAGCUGCUCUAAAGACAUUCAGUAUCUAAAGGAUUCCUUAGCUCUGGGGAAAACAGACGAGGAGGCACUGAAGCACUUCAGACUGAAGUUUAACGAAGCCCUGCGAGAGAGCUGGAAAACCAAAGUGAACUGGCUGGCGCACAACGUAUCCAAAGACAACAGACAGUAGAGCAACAGCCUGCACACUUGCUCCAGAGAAUGUAGAACCUGCACUGAGUCCAGCAAUUGGAGACAGGUUUUUAAAGACUGAUGAAUGUUGCCCUGUUGAAGAUCCUGCACCUGCGUUCCCGGAGAUCAGACAUUUCCUGACUGAAAAGUUGUUGGACUGUCAUCAGCCACAUAGUGGUGUCUGCUCUAGGUCUUUGGGGGACAAGGGAGAAACCUGAGGCAAUAAAAUUACUGCGUACAGUGAAAGGUAGGUCGAUGUACUGUAUCCUUCAGAACUUGUUAAGCUUCAAAUACAUCUUCUAAUGGAAGAGUUCAGGCAGUU